CUCCCAGUCGAAACGGUCAACAAGCGACUGUUCUACGAUGCUCCGUGUCGUACCUAGAAGCGCCCUCGAAGGACCGACUCUGCCAACCCACCGUACGGGGUGCGUGCAUCUCUGCGCUGGUGCUGCCUCGGUCCUGCUCUCGCUCGCCGCUGGUCUCUACUACCUCGCGCUACUGACACCCAUCCUGGCGAAUGACUUGUUUUGGCCACAGUACAACGUCAGCGGCUACGAAGCGUUCUUGAUCGACCUCACCAACCUCGCACUCAAAGCCCAUGACGAGACACCGUUGGAUCUACUCGGACCUGCCGCCGUCCUGCCCACCUUGUAUAAUUCAGCGUCGGGCAGCGUCAAUGUACCCGCCACCUACGCGCGAUCGCUCUUACUUGGCAGCUACACGUCGAUCGAGCACGCAGUCCUUGCACUUCGCCACUUGGAUGCGAGCGGCAGCCUCUGGAUCUGCUCGCAGUAUUGCUGGGUCGACUUUGCACAUGUGUUUGAGAUUGCACAUACGUCCGCACGGCAAACUCGGUGCGCUCAGCGCUACGCCACGAACGCCGCCGCGUACGUCGAGUCGGUCUUGCGCAACGUCGACUUUGCUGCUUUUCUCGCCAACUAUGGUGGUCCAGGCAAUCUCUUUACCAUGGGUCUGCAGACCGGUCUGGAGGAGAGCGCAUACGGGCGGCAGUGGCUCACGACAACGGGCACCGCGCUGAGUACCACGACUUUCGAGAGCGAAGUCGCCUACUGGCGUCAAUGUGGGCUGACGUCCUUUGCACUACCGUGGCAAAACUCGUACGACGCGGGUAUCCAGGAGACGAUCUCGAUCCGCAACGCGAUUGGCAUUGCCCAGGACGUCCUUAUCAAGAACGUUCCGUAUCGCAUGGCAACGUGGACGACCAUCAACCUCAACUGGUUCUUCUACAACGACGUCUACUACAUGCAGCUGUGCAACCAGAGCUUGAUUGCCAACACGACCAACUAUUUUCUCACGGCGCCUCCGUGCGCACUCUCGAGCACGGGCGAUUUCGAGGGGUACAUGGGGCUCAACAACUUUGGCACCGACUACAUCAACCAAACCGGUCUUGUUCACUAUACGGUCGGCCCGUUCCUCUCGAUCGACGCUCUUUACAUUGCAAUACCAUCGGUGGUCUCGACUGCGUACUCUGCAUUUGAACAGCACCUCUUUGAGCAACUCAGAGAUCCCCAACUCUGGAAGACUUUUUUGCAGCUAGAAACACUCACGGUCAACCCAACGCCUCCAACGUGGCAAGGCCCCGACAUGCUCUACUACGGCGGCAACCUCCUCUGUUUGUACGGCGCACCACAAACGUACGUGCAGACCAUGUUUAGCUUUUACGAUAAUUGUGACCGCCAAGUCCCCGCCGAGCUCGACCUAUCGCCACCGACUCUUUUGUUUGCCUUGGCCAUGACCACUACGGUAGCCCCGAAUUGGAAUGCGUCGACCAUCUGCGCGCUCCAGACGUCAGCCGCAUCUGUGCCGGGCGUUGUCGAUGCCAUCGUGCCAUUAAAGAGCUCUGCUUGCAGGACCCUGAGUGACGACGCGGUGACGUCAGUCAUGGCAGGGAUCCUUCCCAUUGCCUUCGGCAAGAAAAUUCUUACGUUCAACGUCCUCCUUGGCACGCUGGAAUCGUCGCAAAGUUUAGGUCCGUUGCUCGCUCCCGACGUCGCCCUCCAUGAUGGUAAGAUGCUGUGGCUUCGCCAUGUCAUGGCUCUUGCUGGUGCCGUCUAUAUGCUGCUUUCGAUCUCUGCGAGCGUAUCGUACAUUGGCGUCUCCCGAACCUUGCUCGGCAACGACCUCGUGUGGUCUGACUUCAACAUGACGGGCGCGCAUGCUUUUCUUGUGAUGCUAUUUGUCCAAUCGUCCUUGCUCGGUGCGCUGCCGACGAUGCUAACGUCGCCUAGUGUCAACCUCUACGGCAGCUUCAAUGGCUCUUCUUCACAUCUUGUCGUACCGUUCAAUUACGGCGCCAUGCUGCAGAUUGCACUUUCUGAUUCGCUUGAAACGGCGGUUUCCGGUCUACGCCAAACGAACGGCUGUCAUGCGCCGUGGCUUGCGACAGCCUACUGUUACGUUGAUUUGAACAAGCAGUGGGAACUUGCCAACACGCGACGCCGCCAGCAACGGUGCGCCACCUCCAUGACCACCAACGGUGCCGUCUACCUCGAGACGGUCCUUCGCAAUGUCCCGUCGGAUGCCUGGCGGGGGGUCGCAUUCGACCUCGCGGUUGGCGCUACGCUGAACGAGACCAACGUUGGACGUAAUUGGCUUGCGUCCACAACCUCAAAGUAUCGAGCGACUGUGGAUAUCACGGACGAAGCGGCCUACUGGCGUACGAGUGGUAUCUUGUCGUUUGAGAUGCAGUGGCAAAACUACAAGCACAUUGGAGUACUCCAGACGUACACCGUCACGAGCGCCUUUGGCAGCGUAUAUCCGUUUACGAUCCAAGCAACUAACGGCAGCUUUCGUUUUCCGCUGCAGACGUCGUUCAAGAUGUACUGGGGCUUUGGGAGCGACCUCACAAUGUUACUCGGCAAUCACACGUAUGCGCUCUCGGGGACUUCGCUCGUGCGGGGCUCAGCAGCGUACGCUUAUCAAAACGCCUCGUCGCUCGAGUCCAUGCUCUUCCUCAACCGCACUCUCACCGCGCCGCUGGACGAAGGGCUGGCUCUGGUGCGCGGUGCACUCGGGCCGUUUGGGUCCGUGGAUCUGCAGUACGUGGCGAUGCCAGCGUCCGUGCAGGCGCUGCUUCGGUCGGCUUUUCUCUCGAUCGCAGCGGCGCGUGUUGCAUCGGAAGCGCUCCAAGAUGCCUUUGAUGCUGUACCUCCGUAUCUCGCGUCGCCGGUUCCGCCUCCGUGGCUGGCCGCCGACUUCUACACCCUCGGUGGCUCACCGCUGUGUCCGACGGUCCUUCGAAACUCGGCAGCGCGCAUCGCUUUGGGCUUGACAGAAAUGUUUGUUUCGCACAACCAAUGCCACAAAACGAGCGUCUCCAACAUGCUGGAACCGUCGGCGACCCAUGUGCUCGUGGCGGCGGCGCUUCUUCCUCGCGAUACCAACUGGACCGGAGUGUGUGCUCUGGACCCGCAAGAUGUGCCUGCCUGCUUGCAAGCGACAGCGGCGGCGUCUGCAUUUUGGUCGCUUUGUGCUCAAAGGACCCCAGAAAAAUUUGAAGCGGCCGUCACCGACGUCAUGGCGCUGGAGAUCCAGCUCUUCCAGUUUGGCGCGAUGAACCAAACGGCGCCCGCGACGCUGUACACGUACGACAUCUUUAACGUGAGGGAUCCUGCCUACCGCUACUAUGCGUGGAUUUAUAUCUACGACUGGCUCCUCGGCAAGCGCGAAGUCGUUCGGUUCGCCGGUGACCGCGGCUCGUGGACGCUCCUGUCUGGUCGUAUUGUCUAUGCCAUUAGCUCGGUCGCAACCAACGAGUUCCCGACCAACUAUGCAACCUACGCCCAAGCCGCCAACGAUUACGUCAUGUUUGUCGGCAUUGGUCUCGCAGCGUGUACGUGGAUGUACAUUGCGAUCAGCCGCGGCCGCGUCGAAGGUCGCAACAUGCUCUCGCUGCACAGCGUCGGCAGCGUCGUCUGGGUUGGCCGUCCGCUCCUCCUCCUUCGCAGUCUCACCGCCAUUGCGAUCCUCUCGACAUCGACGUUACGACUCUCGUCUCUCGGGCCAUUUGCCGCGUUUGUCUCAGCCACGCCGCCGUGGUACACGACGCUCCUCGCCGCGAGCGAAGUCACGUGGCUCGGCGCCAUCGUUGUCGACCUUUGUCUUCCGCUCACGCGUGAGUUGACGCGGCACUUUACGCUUUUAAACAACGUCGUCGUGUAUGCGCUGCGCGCGGCCCGAUCACAAUGA